AUGCCUUCCUACAUCGUUACCUGCAAGGACGAAGCGUCCGACGAACAGGUCCAGUCUGCCAAGCAACACGCCAUUGACCAGGGCGGCAAGAUAACACAUGAGUACAGUCUCAUCAAGGGCUUCGCUGUUCAGUACGAUGACGACAAGAUCCAAACACUUGAGAGCCACGAGCACGUCAAGGCAGUCGAGCCCGAUGGCGAGAUGAGGACCCAGUAA